UUUAAUGAUUGUGAGAAUGCUAAUAUUGGGCUAUUAAUGAUAGAAUGGGAGAGCUCAAGACUGAAAAGCAUGUUGAGUACAUUUUAUCAGUUGAGAAGAGGAAGGAUGAUUUUGUAUCAGUGGUGAUGGAGCACCUAAGGUUAAAUGGGGCAUACUGGGGAUUGACAACUCUUGAUAUUUUAGGAAAGCUUGAAGCGGUUGAUCAAGACGAAGUUGUUUCAUGGGUCAUGCAGUGCCAACACAAAUCUGGUGGCUUUGGUGGUAAUAUAGGACAUGACCCACAUUUGUUGUAUACCCUCAGUGCUAUUCAGGUUUUAGCACUGUUUGACAAGAUAGAGGUUCUUGACAUCGAGAAGGUCUCGAAUUACAUUGCUGGCUUACAAAAUGAAGAUGGAUCCUUUUCAGGUGAUAUGUGGGGUGAAGUUGAUACGAGGUUUUCUUAUAUUGCAAUAUGUUCUCUAGCGUUAUUACAUCAGUUGGACAAAAUCAAUGUGGAAAAAGCUGUCAAGUACAUCCUUAGUUGCCAGAAUUUGGAUGGUGGAUUUGGAUGCACACCUGGAGCAGAAUCUCAUGCUGGGCAAAUUUUUUGCUGUGUGGGAGCUCUUGCUAUUACUGGUUCUCUACAUCAUGUUGACAAGGACCUCCUUGGAUGGUGGUUGUGUGAACGCCAAGUAAAAUCUGGAGGUCUAAAUGGACGUCCUGAGAAGCUUCCUGAUGUCUGUUACUCGUGGUGGGUCCUUUCUAGCUUGAUCAUGAUUGAUAGAGUUCACUGGAUUGACAAGGAAAAGCUUGUUAAGUUUAUCUUGGAUUGUCAGGAUAAAGAAAAUGGUGGAAUUUCAGAUAGGCCGGACGAUGCUGUUGAUGUCUUCCACACCUACUUUGGAGUUGCCGGUCUUUCACUUCUUGAAUAUCCAGGAUUGAAAGCUAUAGAUCCAGCAUAUGCACUGCCUGUUGACGUUAUCAAUAGAAUUUUCCUUGGCAAUUAAAUGGGGCAGUUUACAUAAUUUAAGCUUGGAGUAAUAAACGAUUUUCUCGUGGUUUCAUUCUGUAAGAUGAAUAAUAAUCUAAUAUAAAAUCUUGAGCUUGAAUUCUUUUAUAGCCUUGUUUUUGUUUCUACAAUUUUGAGGAAUUUCAUCGAUUUGUUACUUAAAAUUGUAAAAUAUUAUCCUUAAGAAAGCACACGAGGUGUUACUUUU